AUGCUUCAAGGCCUUGCUGGGGUGGAGGCGGCCACCUUGGCCAGUUGGCUGGUGCUGGACGCGUGCACUGGGCGACUGGCGCGAGUGAGGCCCAGGGAGGACGGCUCCCAGGACAGCUGGGUCUUGGGCUACGGCUUUUCCUACAUCUACCGACGUGCAGCAGCCCUGGCGCAGCCCUUCCAGCACGAGCACUUUGGAGAGGACUAUGCCUUCAUGGUGGCCUUGCAGCAUACGCAUGGGCGCCAGAGUGUACGAGCAGUGCAUGACGAGGAGGGCGUGGUUCUUCAUGUGCAGCAGGGCCUCAAUCUGUCCAACUCGCACGCGGAGGAGGAGCUGGCCCCAGCAGCCUUGCGACACACUGCGCUCGGCGAGGCGGAGGUGGCCAUUGCGAGUGGAAGUCUCCAGCUGGAGUCGCCCUUCAUCAGUGUAGGCUCCGGCUACAGCCUUUACUUGCGGCCGCCCCCAUAUUUGCCGCUGGAAGCCAUGCGAGCAGCGCUGAAGGAGAGCGGAGUGGCAGGCUCCAUCUGGCGAUCUGAGGGAUCGGACGAGGAUGUGCUGAUCUCCUAUCGCGUGCGCCGCGCCGGGGAGGUCUUUGCCGAGCCAGGCCGCGCCUUCCGCGUGCUGCCCCGGUUUUCCGCGUCCGCGCGGCUGCCCGCGGAUGUGCCCAGAACUGCUCGCCCGGAGCAGCUGGCGCUCAGGCACGUGGCUCGCCAGCUCCUGGCGAGAUGCCCUCCCCAGCGCCCGGCCUUCGCGCAGUUCCGAGGAUGGAUCCGACUUUGCGCUGGCCAGUGCUCGCACAUGGCACUGCUGGCCACACUGCGCAUCAUGUCCAACCUCUUCCCGCAAGUGAGAAUGGAGGUGUGGAUCCAGUCGGAGGAGCAGCGGGGGUCCAGCACCGGAGCCUAA